AUGCGUCGCUUGAACUCCAUACUACUCCUUCUUGGCCUUUGUGCCCUAACGCAAACGCAGGCCUUGAGGGUCUUCGCCCGCACAGCGUUGCCCACUUCACGGGAGCUCGACGAUGAGGAGCCUGAGCCACAGGGACGUCUCUUCUCGAUUAUCCGAGAGACGGAGCCAGCGCGCUAUCCACUGUACGACCCCAAGCCGAUCAUAAUCUCGCAACCACCCCAGGCAUCGUAUCCACCACUGCCAUUCUACCAGAGUCCAGUACCAGCUCCACCGCCACCACCACCGCCAGCAGCAGCUCCAGCGCCUUAUCCUGUGCCACAGCCAAUUCCUUUCCCGGUACCAGUGCCACCGCCAAUUCCACCCACGAUCAUCAGGCCCAUCAUCAGCAGGCCACAUCAUCAUCAUAAUCCCGGCUUCGGUGGCUUUGGUUUCCCGCCAUUCAUCAACAUCACCUACUCGCCACAGGUGCCUGCAACCCGCUCAGGUUUCCUUAACCGUGGUGUCCAGGAAGCGCAAUUGAAUGAUCUUAACCAACUGUCGCAGUUGCUGUUCCCUCAAGAUCAGGCUCAGUUUAUGCCUCAGCAGCUGUCGCAGCUGCAACAGCUUCAACAGUUCCAACAAUUGCAGCAACUCUCUCAGCUACAGAACCAGGCACUGCCCACCAAUGUGGCCUAUCCGCCAUUCAACGGCAACGUCAACAACAACGCCAACAACCAAGAGGGCACCAUUACUUUGGCUCAAUUCCAACAGUUGCUUUCAAACUAUGUGCCAUCGCAACAACUGAUCGACAUUGAUAUGAAUGAAGAGCCGGAUCAGCGUAUCAAGAUGCGUCGCUCUCAAAAGUCCAAGAGGAAGUCCAAGAAAUCCAAGAAGUCCAGAGUCCAUCCUCAAACGGUUUACCUAGCCAUUGACCCCGUCCAAGGACAAUUGCCAAUCGAUGUUCAAGCGCAAGCUCAAGCUAACGCUCUACAGGCUUAA